GGUCUCACCUGGGGAGCCCCUGACCGUCCCUGACCCCCACCGCAUCCCGCAUCCCGGCAAUGCUAACCGCUGUCUGCGGCUCUCUGGGCAGCCAGCACACGGACGCGCCUCACGCCUCCCCUCCGCGCCUCGACCUGCAGCCCCUCCAGACAUACCAGGGCCACACGAGCCCGGAGGCGGGGGACUACCCCUCCCCGCUGCAGCCUGGAGAGCUGCAGAGCCUCCCGCUGGGCCCCGAGGUGGACUUCUCGCAGGGCUAUGAGCUCCCGGGGGCCUCCUCCCGCGUAACCUGCGAGGACCUGGAAAGCGACAACCCCUUGGCCCCGGGACCCUUUUCCAAGCUCCUGCAGCCAGACAUGUCCCACCAUUACGAAUCGUGGUUCCGGCCGACGCACCCGGGCACGGAGGAUGGCUCCUGGUGGGACCUUCACGCGGGGACCACCUGGAUGGACCUCCCCCACACGCAGGGCGCGCUGACCUCCCCUGGCCACCACCACCUCCUCCCAGCCGCCGGAGGGCAGCACCUCCUGGGGCCUCCCGACGGGGCCAAGGCCUUGGAAGCGGUGGCCCCGGAGUCCCAGGGGCUGGAUUCCGGUCUGGACGGGGCGACGCGGCCCAAAGGCUCCCGGCGGUCCGUGCCCCGCAGCUCAGGUCAGACCGUGUGCCGCUGCCCCAACUGCCUGGAGGCGGAGCGACUGGGGGCUCCGUUGUUCUGCGGCAAGCGCUUCACGCGCUCCGACGAGCUGCAGCGCCACCUCCAGACCCACACGGGCACCAAGAAGUUCCCCUGCGCCGUCUGCAGCCGCGUCUUCAUGCGCAGCGACCACCUGGCCAAGCACAUGAAAACCCACGAGGGCGCCAAGGAGGAGGCGGCGGGGGCGGCCGCGGGCGAGGGCAAGGCUGGCGGCGCGGCGGCCUCCGGCCGCCUCCCCGCGGGUCCCCCCGGGCAUCAGAAGAGAGCCCCUGGCCUGGUGUCCCGGGGGCGGUUUGAGCGAGGAGCAGGUGGUUAUUUAUUGCGAGGGGUGAAGGCGGUGUGGGGUCGGGAGAGGGGACGCUAGGGGUGUUGUAGUCGCUGUGGCUGGACAGGACGCGUUUGCUGUUUGGCUGGCCGGGUGUGUGUGUGUGGGGAGCUGCGUAGGCCCCUCUGUUCUCGGUUUCCUCACGUCCCCCAGCUGGAGGGGUGCGGUGGGGUGUCCCCACCGCGGCUGCAGGGCGGGGGGGACCCGCCGGAGAAGACGGGCAUCCCGGGAACAUAGAGGAGUGGGGCCGCCCCUGCGCUGGGGGGACCUGUCUGGACGCGUCCUUAGCGCCUGGGAACCAGGACAUAAAAGCGCCUCCGGAUCCGCCCUGUGGCCUGGCCCCUUUCAUCCCCUCCUGGGUCUCUCCCUAGGGUUUCCGGAGGGAGAGCUGAGAUGGGGUAGGGGAGGCUGGGGGUCCCCUUCAGGGCGGGGUCUCCAUCAGGCGAGGAGGCUGUUGCUGUAAAAAUAACUCCUUUGAGGCGCCUCCUCGUUAACCCUCCCAGAUGGAGCCAUGAAGGAAGGGGGCAGAGGGCCAGCAUCCGGGACAGCUUCCCAGCCCUCACUGCGGGGUGGAGCAGAGAGCCCGAUAGAGGUGGGUCGUGGGCACGGAGGUCCCCUUCUAAGGCGAGAGGAAGCAGUUGAAUGGGAGAAUGGAGGAAACAAGCCCCUUCUGCUCCAAGCUCGGAUUCGGCCCUUACUCUGGGUCUUGAUGAAAAGUAAAGUUCGGUAGUCCACAUUCCCCAUCCGUUCCCCCCGCCCCACCCCAUGUGAGCUUUCCAGGCAGCCAGAAGCCCCCCCCCUCUAGAAUUAAUGUAGUUCCUCAUCCUAGGUUCCCCAUCAGCCGCCUUCCCCCCUGGGGAUGGAAGGGACAGGGUUACCGGGCUUGUUGGGGUUCGGUGGGGGUGCCAUAGCAGAGGGACCUCCAGCAGUU